AUGGGAAGUUCUAAGAGUUGGUUUGCUUGGGCAACUGUGAGUUGCCUCGUACUUUCUGUAUCUAGCCUCGGGGGAGGAGGAUAUGGUGGCGGAGGAGGAUACGGCGGUGGAGGCCACGGUAGCAGAGGAGGAUAUGGCGGUGGAGGUGGUGGUGGAUAUAGUGGAGGAGGUGGUAAAGGAGGCGACACUAUUUUUCUUGCCAUACCCAUUGAAUCUGUAAGUGGUGGACAUGGAGGAGGUGGAGUUGGGUAUGGAGGCAGUGGAGGAUACGGUGGUGGCGGAAAGGGGGGAUAUGGCGGAGGAGGAUACGGCGGGGGAGGAAAAGGUGGAUUCGGAGGAGGUGCUGGAGGAUAUGGCGGAGGAGGAUACGGCGGUGGCGGAAAAGGAGGAUUUGGAGGAAGUGGAGGAGGAAGCGGUGGAAAAGGACUGUCAUUAGGAGGCGGUGGAUAUGGAGGUGGUGGAUAUGGAGGCGGCGGCCUUGGUGGAAAAGGAGGCAACGGAGGCGUAGCUAUCGUCGGUAUCAGUUUAUCUCAACUUGGAGGAGGAAGUGGUCACGGAGGUAGUGGCGGAAGUUAUGGAGGUGGUGGAUUCGAAGGCAGCAGGGGAGGUGGAUAUGGAGGUGGAAAAGGAAUUGGAGGUGGUUAUGGAGGAGGAUCUGGAUUUGGAAAAGGAAGUGGAGGAGGAUAUGGAGGAGGCUCUGGAUUUGGUAAAGGAAGUGGCGUAGGAUAUGGUGUAGGCUCUGGAUUUGGUAAAGGAAGUGGAGUUGGGUCUGGAUUUGGUAAAGGAGGGGGUGGAGGAUACGGAGUUGGUACUGGAGGAUAUGGAGGCGGAAGUGGAAAAGGAGGUUACUACUGAAAAGACGGAUAUAAUAUAAGCAAGAAGAACUAAGAGUGAGCCUCUCUCGAUAAAAGAACACUUCUUCUGUUGUCCAUCGUACAGUGCCCAGACAACUUCGUCU